GCGAUAACAUCGGUGUUUUUAUAGCGUGUGACUUUGCAAAUUUCCAUCAAAUGGUAAUUAUCAAAACUUUUGGUAUUUGAAGAGAAACGCAAUGCUGUUUUAUCCACUCGAUAUGUCUCUAUAAAUAUAUAGUAGUAUCUACUCCAUCUACUUGCGUCGUCGUUUCGAGUCUCGGGGGGUUGAGCAGAACUGAAGAAGCAAAGACGUAGACAACGUUUCUCGAUCGUGUAUCAAGAAGUGUAUAAAUAAGGGGGGGGUAUUUUGAAACUCAUAUUUAUCUCAUAUUUAUCUCCUUCCAUCUCAUAUUUAUCUCCUCUUCUGUUUGCGCAACAUUGCGGUCGUAUUCGUACAAUUUCAGUUCAUUCCGGUCGAUUACGAUAAUGGCAACUCCAAAAGUAUGGGCGAAAAUACAACCUCUAGAGAGCCCUGUUAAUUUAUUGGAUAUUACGACGGAACAAUUGGCUGCGAGCAUGCAGGAGAGGGAAUUGAAGAAAUGUUUUGACAAGGAUAACGUAAACUUAAUGGAUAAGACGCUGGGAGAAACAUACGAUGUAAGUGACACUGGCAACGAUGAAGUCAUAGCAUAUUUGUUACAAACUCAAUUUAGUCGCGAGUAUGACACGAUGUUGAAGCGCACAGAAGAGAAGUUUAAUCGUGACUCAAAAGUGAGCAUCUCACUUAGUAAUUACCGUAGCUCUUUGUACAAUAUCAAGGAUGAUGAUAAUAAUGCAGAUUUUAACAUAGAUGACAGUAACAGGGAUUUCGAUCGGUUUGUUAGUAUAGAAAAAGAGUAUGCUUCGAUACCACGUUGCGGUUACAAGAAGAUGGGAAAAGAUUCUAAGAUUGUUACAAAGCAUGACAUCUUAAUGUCUUCCAGGAUUAAUGCUUGUCGGUUAUUACAAUUCCCACCAGGAAUUCAUACUGGAGACACUGGUGGUUUUGAUGUCAAACUAAACAACAAAGUGUACAACACCUUGCGCGCUCACUGCCAUGCGCAAUACUCCAAGGAGAGGGCAAAAGUCUCACCAAAAUCAAAAACUCAUCCGAAAUAGAAUGUCAACACCUGAUUUUUCUUCCUAAAGCAGUAUUCUGUACUUCGUUUAUGCCUGGGAAAUAAAUAAACGGAUAAAUUUACAGAAGUGUGUAAAAGACAGAUGUAUCCAAGCGUCAAAAUUCAUCUGUAAAAUGUACGUAUUACUUUAUAUAUAUAUAUAUAUGUGUGUGUGUGUGUGUGUGUGUGUGUGUGUGUGUGUGUGUGUGUGUAUAUAUAUAUAUAUAUAUGACACCGUUUAGUAUCAGUGUCAGAAGAUAUAAAAGAAAUUAUUGUACAUUUUUUUACGAGAUCGGUUUGUUACACAAAAAAAU